AUGGGAAACGUAGACGAACGCCAUCAUCAUCAUUCAAGAUUCCAUGUUCAAUUACAUUUGCCUUUUCACCUUCAUCAUCAUGGGCAUGAGAAGGAAGAAUUGAAGGACAUCCCAAGAGGAUGUGUUGCAGUAUUGGUAGGUCAAGGAGAGGAGCAGCAGAAGUUCGUAAUACCUGUGAUGCACAUCAACCAUCCUCUGUUCGUACAGUUGUUGAAAGGAGCAGAGGAAGAAUAUGAAUUUCAUCAUAAUGGUCCCAUUAACAUCCCUUGUCAUGUCGAGGAGUUUCGCUACGUUGAAGGUAUCAUAGACAAGGAUCACCACUUGUGGACGUGCUUUAAGGCCUGA